UGUCCGCCAUGUUGGCCAUGGCGCAGGGAGCGGAUCGGGCGGGCGAGCGGCGGAUCUAGUGUGUGGAAGCGGCCGCGGGCGGCGGGGGGCUGUUUUCGGGCGGGGUGGGCGCCCAUGCUGUGGCCGGGGGCAGUGAGGAGGAGGAGGAGCGGGCCGGCCGCGCUGCACUGAGGAAGGAGGUGGAGGAGGCGGCGGGAGUCCUCCCCCCCUCCCCGCCCGCCCCGCCGCCGCCGCCCGGGCUGUUCCUGUAAGGCGGGGAGACAAUGAGUAAACUCUCCUUCCGAGCGCGGGCGCUGGACGCCGCCAAGCCGCUGCCUAUCUACCGCGGCAAGGACAUGCCUGAUCUCAACGACUGCGUCUCCAUCAACCGGGCCGUGCCCCAGAUGCCCACCGGGAUGGAGAAGGAGGAGGAAUCGGAACAUCAUUUACAGCGAGCGAUUUCAGCACAGCAAGUGUUUAGAGAAAAAAAAGAGAGCAUGGUCAUUCCUGUUCCUGAGGCAGAGAGCAACGUCAACUAUUACAAUCGCUUGUACAAAGGAGAGUUUAAACAGCCAAAACAGUUCAUUCAUAUUCAGCCUUUUAAUCUAGACAACGAGCAACCAGAUUAUGAUAUGGAUUCAGAAGAUGAGACUUUAUUAAAUAGACUUAACAGAAAGAUGGAAAUUAAGCCUUUGCAAUUUGAAAUUAUGAUUGACAGACUUGAAAAAGCCAGUUCUAAUCAGCUUGUAACACUUCAAGAAGCAAAACUGCUGCUAAACGAAGAUGAUUACCUUAUUAAAGCUGUAUACGACUACUGGGUGAGAAAACGUAAAAACUGCAGGGGGCCAUCCCUCAUUCCUCAGAUAAAACAAGAGAAAAGAGAUGGCUCUACCAACAAUGACCCUUAUGUUGCCUUUCGGAGAAGAACAGAGAAAAUGCAAACUCGAAAGAAUCGUAAGAAUGAUGAAGCCUCGUAUGAAAAGAUGUUGAAACUGAGACGAGAAUUUAGUAGAGCCAUAACAAUUUUGGAAAUGAUUAAGAGAAGAGAGAAAACAAAACGAGAAUUAUUGCACUUAACUUUAGAAGUUGUGGAGAAAAGAUACCAUUUGGGAGACUAUGGUGGUGAAAUCCUUAAUGAAGUGAAAAUCAAUAGAUCAGAAAAAGAGUUAUAUGCCACUCCAGCAUCUCUUCAUAAUGGAAAUCAUCACAAAGUUCAAGAAUGUAAAACUAAGCACCCUCAUCAUUUGUCUUUGAAAGAAGAGGCUUCUGAUGUGGUUCGUCAAAAGAAGAAGUACCCAAAGAAGCCUAAAGCAGAGGCUUUGAUAACAUCUCAGCAACCCACUCCAGAGACAUUGCCUGUGAUCAAUAAGAGUGACAUUAAGCAAUAUGACUUUCACAGCUCAGAUGAAGAUGAAUUUCCACAGGUAUUGUCCCCAGUAUCAGAACCGGAAGAAGAAAAUGAUCCUGAUGGUCCCUGUGCUUUCAGAAGGCGGGCAGGAUGCCAGUAUUAUGCUCCUCGUUUGGACCAAGCUAACCAUUCAUGUGAAAAUUCAGAACUGGCAGAUUUGGAUAAGUUGAGGUAUAGGCAUUGCCUGACAACACUUACAGUCCCAAGAAGAUGUAUAGGAUUUGCAAGGAGGCGAAUUGGCAGAGGUGGAAGGGUCAUAAUGGACCGAAUAUCCACAGAACAUGACCCAGUCCUAAAACAGAUAGACCCUGAAAUGCUGAAUAGUUUUUCAAGCUCUUCCCAAACUAUAGACUUUUCUUCUAAUUUCUCUCGGACCAAUGCUUCCAGUAAACAUUGUGAAAAUAGACUGUCCCUUUCUGAAAUAUUAAGCAAUAUCAGAUCAUGUCGACUACAGUGUUUCCAGCCAAGGCUACUAAAUUUACAGGACAGUGAUAGUGAAGAAUGUACCUCAAGAAAACCAGGGCAGACUGUGAACAAUAAAAGAGUUUCUGCAGCAUCUGUAGCUUUAUUGAACACCAGCAAGAAUGGCAUAUCAGUAACAGGGGGUAUCACGGAAGAGCAGUUUCAGACACAUCAGCAGCAGUUAGUUCAGAUGCAAAGGCAGCAACUUGCCCAGCUUCAGCAGAAACAGCAAUCUCAGCAUUCCUCACAACAGACACAUCCAAAAGCACAGGGCUCAAGCACCUCUGACUGUAUGUCUAAAACACUUGACUCAGCAAGCGCCCACUUUGCUGCAUCUGCAGUGGUCAGUGCACCUGUUCCAAGUCGCAGUGAGGUAGCCAAGGAACAGAACACUGGCCACAACAACAUAAACGGUGUUGUCCAGCCUUCAGGAACCUCUAAAACAUUAUACUCCACCAAUAUGGCUUUAUCAUCUAGCCCAGGGAUUUCAGCUGUACAACUUGUAAGGACAGUUGGCCACACCACUACAAACCACUUAAUCCCAGCAUUGUGCACAAGCAGUCCUCAGACACUUCCCAUGAACAAUUCCUGCCUGACAAAUGCAGUGCACCUCAAUAAUGUCAGUGUUGUUUCUCCAGUCAAUGUGCAUAUCAAUACACGGACUUCAGCACCAUCGCCAACAGCCUUAAAACUUGCCACAGUUGCUGCCAGUAUGGACAGAGUGCCAAAGGUUACUCCCAGCAGUGCCAUCAGCAGCAUAGCAAGAGAGAACCACGAACCAGAAAGAUUGGGCUUAAAUGGAAUAGCAGAGACAACAGUAGCUAUGGAAGUGACAUAACCUAAAACAUGUGGCUCUGACCUGUGCUGAUGGUGUGCAGUCAUUCAUAUUCCAGCUGAAUGCAAAAGGCAACACUCUGUGGAUCACAGAGUGUAACAAUGGACCUAAAUGGACUAUAGUAUAUUGGAUGUUAAAUCCAUGUAUGAUGUAUAUUUUGUAAAAUUGGGAAAAUCACUACCUUGUAAAAUAGUUUAUUUGUAUCAUCAAUAUUAUUUCUGUUACUUGAAUAGUAGAUAUUCAUCAUCAUGCUUUUGCACUUGAAUUUGCAACUGAAUGGAUUUUAAAAAAUAAUUCUUUAAUGGGAUCAUGAGCAUGAAAUGGGAUCCUGCAUCACUUGUUUUAACUAUUUAUUUUGCCAUGUUUACAUUUUGUAUCUUGUAAAAAUAAAUCCAACUUUGUGUCUAAAAAGUUAAAGAUUCAUAGCUAGGAAAUGAAAUUCUUGUAAUUUUUUUCUAAAGGAACUGUAAAGUUUUCACUUGGUUCAUUUUGUUUCACAAUUUGACUAGAUGGACUUUUUGGUAAAUACUUUAGUGGCAUUUCACUGUCAAAUAUGAAGUUCAAGGCAAAUUAGUAUUUUCUAUUACUGUGCAGGGGAAAGGGAUGGAUCGAUACAUGCAAAUUUAAUGUAGUAACUCACUUUUCCAUAUAUUUUGAAUGUAUAUUUCUAUUUAUAAUACCAAUUUAUAAAAAAUAAUUACACAAAAAAUGGAAUAGGAAAAAUUAUGCAUCUAGCACAUUUAAACUGUGCAGAUAUGAAAAUUUUUCGAGGAUUACAUUUUAUCUGAAGGCUGCAUAUUUUAACUGGCUUUAAAACUGUAACACACCACAUAAAAGAUACUUUACCAGGUAUGUAUUGCAUUAUGUCAUUGCAAUAAUUAUUGGAAGUCUAGAUAUCGAGCCAUCCCAGGUGUUGGGAGGGGGGAGGGUUGUGGCAAGAUUGUCUUUUCAAUUUUGGAGAGUUUUCCUGUGGCUACAAGGCAAGUAACGGGUUGGAAAAAGUCUGACUGUAAGCGUUGGACACCUUCAUAGUGUAGUGUUUUAGUGACUUUUUUUAUACGGUUCUUGUAAAUUAGAUACGUGUAGUGGUGUUUCAGAAUGUUUGUUUAUGCACUAGUUCAGACAACUUUCCCUGUUACUUGUUCUUGAUAAGUGAAAACUGCAGGGAAAUAAAAAAUACAUAUCAAAACAUGGACAUGCUGCAUAUGUGUUUAUUUCACAAUGUGCACACAGUAUAAGUGAAAAUUUAAGGGAGAUGAUAGCACUUAACAGCACUUUUCAUGUUCACAUGCUUUCCAAGCAUUAAUGAAAAGAACUAUAGGAAGCUCAUCUGUGGGCUCUAUUGGGUUUCCGAUAAUCCAAUAUAAACUACCUUUGAUAUGAAAGUUCGUAAGAUAUUUUACAGAAUGUAAGUAAUUUGCAAUAUCGCAGUCAUUGAAAUGUCAUAAGUGAGCCUCAUUUUAUAAAUAAAAGUUUAGAGUAGAAUUAUAUUGCAAGGGGGUUUUGUCAAGUAAGUACUGGGAAAUGUAAAUAUUUUUAAUGAAUACAAUUAAAACCAUUUCAAACUUACGUAAUUUUAUACUUUACAUUUUUUAUAUCUGCAGUCCUGAAAGAUGUAAAUUGAUAUGUCAGUUGAAUUUAUGGGCCAAGAUUUCUGGUGAAAGUGGUUUUUAUUCCGGUCCUAAAUGUGUAAAGCAAUUUAUGGUCAAAACCAUAGAAAAAAAUAGUAAUUUUGUCUUGGUUGUGGCCUGAUAGGAUCCAUGCUCGUUUCUGCCAUACUACCUCUGGAGUUACUCAUUGCUGAUUAUAUAAAGGAAAUAAUUUUGAUUUGAUAUGUAUUAUGACUGUGUUCAUUCUGCUUAUAGUUGGAUGUAUCUCCUUGCUAUUAAGAACUUAAAACAACUUUAGUGCCAAUUGCAGAGAAAGCUUUUUUCCCCAUUUUACUGAAGUAAAGCAUGAAGUGAAUUUGCCUUAUGUGAUAUAUAUGUUAUAAAUAAGUAAAACAAAAGAACUAUCCAUUUGUACGGUUUCUGGAGGUGGUGGCAAAUCCAGAACUUAUAAGACUGAUGACCAAUUGAUUUGUUCCUUUUGAAGUAAAAUAGAAACAUAAGCCUU